GUAACACGUUCAGAUAAAAAUUUGCCGUGAGAGAUUCGUCAGAACAACGCAAUCUCAAUUAUCCACGAUCGAUGUAGUUUCUAAAGUUUAUGACUCAUAGUAUAUAUAUCUUAAUAUCAAUUUGUUUUGGAAAAAUUUUUACAAUCAUGGAGUGGUUGUUCGGCAAGCGUAUAACCCCUGAGGAAAUGCUCAGGAAGAACCAAAGGGCAUUGAACAAAGCGAUGCGAGAUUUGGACAGAGAAAGAGUGAGGAUGGAGCAACAGGAGAAGAAAAUUAUAGCAGACAUCAAGAAGCUUGCAAAGGAUGGGCAAAUGGAUGCUGUAAAAAUUAUGGCCAAGGAUCUUGUCAGGACAAGGCGUUAUGUGAAAAAGUUUAUGCUUAUGAAAGCAAAUAUUCAAGCAGUAUCGUUAAAAAUACAGACACUACGUUCUCAGAAUACAAUGGCACAGGCAAUGAAAGGAGUGACAAAAGCAAUGCAAAAUAUGAAUAAACAGUUAAAUUUACCACAAAUACAAAAGAUAUUGCAAGAAUUUGAAAAACAAUCAGAGAUCAUGGAUAUGAAAGAAGAGAUUAUGAACGAUGCUAUAGAUGAUGCGAUGGAAGAUGAAGGAGAUGAAGAAGAGAGUGACGCUGUAGUUGCUCAGGUGUUGGAUGAGCUAGGUUUACAGUUGACAGAUCAACUAUCUGGCCUACCACAAGCAUCUGGAUCACUGAGUGUAGCUGGUUCUAAACAGCCAGUUGCCGCUGCAGCUGGCAACGAGGAAGGUGGCAAUCUCGCAGACGCCGACGCAGAUCUACAGGCCAGACUCGAAAAUUUGCGACGUGAAUGAAUUAAGAUUUCAAGUACUAUAAUUAGGAUAUAAGUGUAUAAAAAUGUAAAAAAGAUUGGUUCUAGAUUGAAAGAUAACCUUAAAGCAGUUGAUUUUUGUCAAAUCGAGUGCUCAAAAAUACUUCUAUACAUGAUAUACACAAACUUACGAAUGUUAUAUUUGCGUGCAAUUUCUGUCAAGCGUUCAAUCUUUUCGUAUUUUAUAUGCACUUGUAUUUUAUAACUGCUUUCAUAGGAAAUGUUCUCUGUAAAUGCCUAAGCUUCUAAUAUGCAAAGAAUAUUGUGUAAUAAAAUAUAUGACAAUGGUAGCAUA